CACCAGCGCUAGUCAAGGCGGCGCGGCGCAUUGUGGGGCGGAGGCGGCCUUUCCUGGUGAGGCAGGCAGGCAGACAGACAGCUUUGCGACUGCGGGGCUCAGUUCUACAAGUGAAACCGAUAUAAGUUAGCGACUCAGGGGGUGUCUUCGCUGCACUGGUGUUAUUUCAGCACCAAACCACAUUAAAACCUAGACAUGGGACAGGACGAUUUAAUGAAUACCGCCGAGGACGUGGCAGACCAGUUCCUCCGCGUGACCAAGCAGUACCUGCCCCACCUGGCCCGGCUGUGCCUGAUCAGCACCUUCCUGGAGGACGGCAUCCGCAUGUGGUUCCAGUGGAGCGAGCAGCGCGACUACAUCGAGGGCACCUGGGGCUGCGGCUACUUCCUGGCCACCUGCUUCGUGCUGCUCAACCUCUUAGGACAGCUCGGUGGCUGUGUCCUCAUCCUCAGUAGAAACUUCGCACAGUACGCCUGCUUCGGCCUGUUUGGAAUCAUCGCUCUUCAGACUGUAGCCUACAGCAUUUUAUGGGAUCUUAAAUUUUUGAUGAGGAACCUGGCGCUGGGCGGGGGUCUGCUUCUGCUGCUGGCGGAGUCACGCUCGGAGGGGAAGAGCAUGUUCGCAGGGGUGCCCUCCAUGGGCGAGAACUCCCAGAAGCAGUACAUGCAGCUGGGCGGGCGUGUCCUCCUGGUGCUCAUGUUCAUGACCCUGCUGCACUUCGAUGCCAGCUUCUUCUCUAUCCUGCAGAACAUGGUGGGCACAGCCCUCAUCGUGCUGGUGGCCGUCGGCUUCAAGACCAAGCUGGCCGCCCUCACCCUGGUGCUGUGGCUCCUGGCCAUCAACGUCUACUUCAACGCCUUCUGGACCGUGCCCGCCUACAAGCCCAUGCACGACUUCCUGAAGUACGACUUCUUCCAGACCCUGUCCGUCAUUGGGGGGCUCCUGCUGGUGGUGGCACUGGGCCCCGGGGGCGUGUCCAUGGACGAGAAGAAGAAGGAGUGGUGAUCCUGCCAUGCCACGCCACGCCCAAAUCUUCUCUCAAACCUCGCCGGGACACGGGGGACCCCAGCCACCCCGUACCAGCAUUGUCAAAACACGCAGUGACAGCAUUCUCUGUCUGUCUGUCUCGUUCUCCUCUCUCUCCCUCUCUCGCUCUCUCUCUCUCUCUCUCUCUCUCUCGCUCUCUCUCUCUCAUCCACUCUUCCAGCAGUUCUUAUCUUAUUUUUGUUUGUUUUAAUUUUCUCUGAAGAAUUUUUUUAUACUUGUAUAUUGAACCCUCCUCCCCCCCCUUCACUGAGACGGCAAGAAACAAGUGACUGAUGAAAUUACGUCCAUCAGGUUGAAAGGAAACCACUUUCCGGGCAGUGCAUGGGUGGUGUCACCACUUUCUUUCUAUGGUUUUGUGCGUUAAGCUUUUCCCUCUCUCUGUACGACAGCACUGAUAUCAGUGCCCCCUGUAGGACACUGCAGGCACGUUCAGGCAGUGUCCGCACGUACGUACUACUGCACAGUUUGGGAGUGCCUCUGUGUCUGUUUGUGGCUACUUUUAACUGGAAAUGCACCCUCUGCAAACCAGAACCAUGCUUAUUUUUGUGUUUAGGGAGGAGGGGGGGAGUGGGGGUAGGGGGUUAUGUAGGCCACAUACGCACAUCUCUCCUGUUCCUUGGGGCAGUGGACAUUUCUCGAUCUCGGUAUCGACGUUGAGUCCCGCAGCACUGAGAACUGUGUUUACACUCUCUUCCCGAGUUUCCAAGCCCAUCAGUCAAAAGAACGAGACAAAUACCGGUCUUCCACACAGACCUGCAGAUUCAGAACCCUUCAGUUUACGGAAGGGAAUGUGAUUAAAACGGGGGGGCUGGGCACAUUGUGUACUCCUUCAGAAAUAGAGAAUUACAAAAAAAAAAAAAAAAACUUAACUCAUUUGGUCUUUGAGAAUUCAUUUUUAUGUUUUGUUUUUUUCCCACGUUUGAAAGUGGGUGCUUUCCGUCACGGUACUCGGCUUCCGGCAGUGACCAGCGCUCGGCCGGUCUCUGGUGUGGACAGGCGAGUGUUUACAGUCUCACGCUCAUCGCAGCAGGACGAGCCCCAGUGUCCACGCUCCGGAGACCUGCGGCAGCUCGCCCUGCGUCUUCACACCUGUGACAGUUAAAGAAACUCUGUGUAUGAAUUAUCAGAAGUUUAUAUUGUUUUUUUUUUUUUUUUUGGAAGUCAUUGUAAAGGAAAAAAUAAAAUGCAAAAAAAUGUCAUUGUCAAA